AUGACGAAGUCCAGUUUAAGGCAGUUGGUGAAGGAAGAACACCAAUUGCAGUCAGCGUUGGAGAAUGUGCAAGAGUUUGUGGAUAAUUACAACGAAGUUCGUGAUCAAGAUAUGGUUGAAUUACGUUUAGUGAAGCUAGAUGACAUUUUCGAUCGAUUCUGUGCAGUUAGAGUGAAGAUUGAUGUGCUUCUAGACGAAACCGGUGAAGAUUACGAAAGUGCUGGUGAUGAAGAAGGUGCUGGUAGCGUGAAGUCCAUUCCUCCCCGCACAGACAGUGCCCGUACCUACAAGGAUUUCGAGAAUUCGUACUUUCGACUGAAAUCAGCACUGCUUGCAAAACGACCCAGAACCCAUCUAGGAGUUGUGGAGCGUCAACCUGCGGUCGUAGGUGUUCAGCCAUCACGAUUGAAGUACCCUGAGCUGAAGUUACCGUCGUUUUCCGGAAAACUGCAGGAUUGGAUCAAUUUUCGAGAUAAUUUCCGAUCGCUGAUACACGACAACGCUGAGCUGAGUCCCAUCGACAAGUUUAAUUACUUGCGAGCUUCGUUGAGAGACGAUGCACUUCUGCAGAUCAACCAAGUUCAAGUGAGCGCUGCAUCGUACCCAAUUGCAUGGGGAAUCCUCGAAGCGAAGUAUGAGAAUCAUAAGCUGAUAGCUCAUGAGCAUCUGAAAGCGCUGUUUGCAGUUCCGUCAAUGAAAUCGGAGUCUUUCGAAGCCCUGAACAUUGUUCUGACGACGUUCAAGGUCAACCUACAGCAGUUGGAGAAGCUUGGAGAACACACCAACAAUUGGAGCACUCUUCUGGCGUUCAUGCUAUCGCAGAAGCUAGAUACCGCUACGCUCCGCCAAUGGGAGACUCAUCAUGGGUCCAAGGAAAUCCCGCGAUAUGACGCCUUGCUAGACUUCCUGGAUAAGCAUUGCGCGAUUCUGCAGUCUACUUCGACACGGAGUGGAUUCGAGCAAAAACGUCCGUUCAAGAGCUCAGCUGUUCACACUCUAGUGCCAUCCGCUACCGGCAGUUGUCAAAUCUGCAACGGUGGACAGCAUAGCGUUGAGCAGUGUCGUCGCUUCAGCAAGAUGCGAGUGGUGGACAGAAAACUGGCGAUUCGAAGACUUGGACUCUGUCUGAAUUGCCUAUCGCCCGGACACUUCGUGGCAGAUUGUUCCAGACGUACGUGUUCCAAGUGCGGUCAACGUCAUCAUUACUUGCUGCAUCUGUAUUCUCCACCCACUUCUACCCCUCAUAAUCCGACUCCGAAUACCCCGAACAGGCCUCAAGCCGCGAACGCGAACACAAGAGCUCAAACACAGUCUCGUCCUCAGUCUCAAGGACAUCAAUCGCAAUCGAAUUCUCAAGGCCAAUCCCGGAUGAAUAAUAUUCAAACAAAUCCACAAACACCUCCCGUCCAAAACACUCCUCCGCCACAUACACGACAGUCACCUCCCACAAAUACACCGACUACUUCUCACCACACUGCUACUUCACUCAACACUCGAAGUCAGCGAACUACUACACUUCUGUCAACCGCGCUCGUGAAGCUCGCCGAUCGCUUCGGAAACACAGUCAUUGCUCGUGCGUUGCUAGAUAACGGUUCGCAGAUAUGUAUGUUCACGGAGAACCUGUCUCAGCGGUUAAACUUCAAGCGGUUCCAUGAAAAUCUACCGGUGAAUGGUGUUGGUGGUGCUUCGUCGGUGUCCAAACAGUCAGUGUUGACGAGAAUUCUGUCACGUUGCUCGUCGUUCGAAACUGAGGAAGUGAAAUUCUACGUGCUGCCUCGGAUAACGUUGAAUCUGCCGCAGCAAAGCUUCGAUAUCAGUACUUGGAAGCUGCCGUCCGACAUCUGUUUCGCUGAUCCAGGCUUCCAUGAGUCCAGUGCCGUAGAUGCAAUCCUUGGCGUGUCUGUUUUCUACGAUUUGCUGAUGGGAGAGCAGAAAAGGCUCUCGGAAUCUGGUCCGAUAUUGUGCAACACAAAACUCGGAUGGAUAGUGGCCGGAGAGAUUCCAGAAACUCCUGUCACAACCCUCAGUGCAGUCACCGCUUCAGUUUCCACGGAAGAGAUCCACGAGCAGCUAGCCCGCUUUUGGGAACUGGAAUCCUGUAGAACGAAGAGCUGUCUUUCCAUCGAGGAGUCUACGUGUGAGUCGAUCUUCGAGCAGACAACGACGAGAGAUCCUGAUGGCAAGUUUAGGGUAGUGCUACCGAAAAAGGAUUACGUGUUGAAGCAGUUAGGCGAAUCUAAAGCGAUUGCUACCAAGCGGUUCAUGGGACUAGAACGUCGCCUGAACGCGAACCCGGAAAUGAAGGCUCUGUACACAGAAUUCAUCCACGAGUACCUGCUAAUGGGCCAUAUGCGAGAAGUCCGUGACGACGAGGAAGAGCCGAAACACAGUUACUAUUUGCCGCAUCAUGCAGUCCUGAAACCUGACAGCACCACGACGAAGCUCAGAGUAGUCUUCGAUGCGUCGUGUGCCACAGAAACUGGAGUUUCCCUGAACGAUACCCUGAUGGUGGGACCGGUGGUACAGAGCGACCUCUUGUCCAUUCUGAUUCGCUUCCGACUCCAACAGUAA